GAGGUGAAGCUCCUUCUCUGGAACAGACUUGGCCUCCUGAAGCCGAUGGCCCUGCUGCUCCUGAUGCUGGUGGCAGCAGGUCCCCCUGGAGUAUCUGGAGACAUGGAAGAGAAGGGAAUGGAAGAUUCCCUGGUGUGGUGUGUCUGCUACCAACUGCUCAACACCUCAGAGCACCAACCGUGCAGGCUAGAGGGGACUAACUGUCCUGGGAGCCUUGACAUCUGGGAAAAGACCACAGCUGGCAGGGUGAAGAAUUGCACACACAGUGCUAAGGCUCAGGACUUCCAAACCAUCAAUGCUUCACUGAAGAAUGACAUCCCAGCCUGUGGGGGAGACAAUACCACCAUGAGUCCAAUGGUUAGUGGAAGGAUCAGCUUUAUCAUAGUUAUCACCAUCCUGAUCUCUUCUGUCAGUGUGCUCCUUCUUAUCCUGCUCUGUGUUGGUAUCAUGUCUAUGAUGCUGAAGAAGUGGAGAAAUAAGAGGCUUCUCAAGAAACAGAAGAGAUGGAACAAUUUUCUCUUGAAGUCCAAGGCUGUAGAUUACCAACCCGAUGCAAUAUAUUCCAAUGUGAUCAACCUGGUUGCCCAGAAGGAAGAUGAUUUUGCCAUUUAUGCCAACAUACCACGUUUCCAGUGCCCCAGGAAAACCUCACCUGUUGUCACUUAUGCUCCUGACCAAAUGGAACAUCCUUCCGGUGUAUUCCUCUGAUGGAGGACCAGAAGACUAUUCUGGAAUGAGAGGAUGCAGAGAUGAGAGGUGGCGGACUGCAAAGAAGGUGGUGGAAGAGAGUUGCCAAGCUUAGCAUGAUGAGAUUUAUGUAUUUUUUUAAACUGACCACCAGCCCUCAUGUUUAUAGGGACAGAGAUGAGAGCAUGAAUUUUUUUAAAAGUGUCUUGGAAAUACAGGAAAUAUUUAAAUAUUUAAAUGUCCUUUAAAUAGGACAGACAGCUCAAGUCUAACAGAGUUAUCAGUAGUAUAUGACAGGACUGGGGAGAUGGGCACACCGCCACUCAUGCAGCCCCAAAAUGUCCAAGCAAAACAUCAUUUUGUAUCAAGUUGGAAGUAAAAAAUCAGAGACCAGACAGCUGAUGUGAUUGCCAUCCCACGGCAAGGGGUGAGGAGCUGGGACCUUUGGAAUCAGCAGAGUGUAGUGGGAAGAAUGCUAGAUUUAGAAUCAGUCUUCAAAUCCUCAGGCACUCCUCUGACUUCAGUCACUUCACCUCUCUGGGUCUCAGUUUCCUCAUCUGUAAAAUGAAGGCAUUGGACUAGAUCUGGGGUUCUUAACCUUUGUGUGUAUGUCACGGAUCACUUUGGUUAGUCUGGUAAAGCCAAUG